AGGAGAGGAGGGACAUGGGCGGGGCUGAGGCGCCUCUCAUUUCCCCUCCACGCUUAGCGGGGCAGCAGGGCUGGAGAGACCUCCGGGGAGCACAGUCGCCAGUCCAGCACGGAGACCCGCCUGGCCAAAAAACCGCGCCUCACACUUGCCAGGAUUGCCAAAUAUUCCUGAAAAAUAUACCUGCUAUUUAUGGCAUGUGGCUUGUAACUUUACUCCUGCUGUACUCUCUCCAAGAAGUACACAGUGAGGAUGUGGGCUCUACCAGGCUGUACUUUGUGAAUGCCUCCCUGCAGAGGGUAACCUACUCCAGCUCGGUGGGGGUGUCCCUGCCCUGUCCAGCAGGGGGCACCCCCAGUGCCAUAUUGCGCUGGUAUCUGGCCACCGGCGACGACAUCUACGACGUGCCCCACAUCCGCCAUGUGCACGCCAAUGGCACUCUGCAACUGUACCCCUUCUCGCCCUCCGCCUACAACAGCUACAUCCACGACAACGACUACUUCUGCACUGCCGAGAACCAGGCCGGCAAGAUCCGCAGCCCCAACAUCCGCAUCAAAGCUGUUUUCAGGGAGCCCUACACGGUGCGGGUGGCGGACCAGCGCUCCAUGCGGGGCAACGUAGCCGUGUUCAAGUGCCUCAUCCCCGCCGCCGUGCAGGAGUAUGUCAGCGUCGUGUCCUGGGAGAGAGACACAGUGUCCAUCGUCCCAGGUAACAGGUUCUCCUUGACCUCCUUCGGGGCUCUUUACAUCUCUGAUGUUCAGAAGGAGGAUGCCCUCUCCACAUACCGGUGCAUCACCAAACACAAGUACAGCGGCGAGACACGCCAAAGCAAUGGAGCCAGGCUCUCUGUAAUGGACCCCAACGAGUCCUCCCCCACCAUCCUGGACAGUUUCCAAGCAGGGGAGGUGCAUGCAGGCCAGAGCAUUGAGCUACCCUGCACUGCAGGAGGUUACCCCAGCCCCACCGUGCGCUGGCUGAAAGACGGUCGCCCUCUGCCCUCAGAUGCCCGCUGGACACGGCGUUUGACGGGCUUGACCAUCAGCGACUUGAGGCAGGAAGACAGCGGCAGCUAUGCAUGCGAGGUCACCAACAGUUUUGGCUCAAAGGAGGUGUCUGGACAGCUUCACGUUAUAGAUCCACUACGUGUGACGUUGUCCCCCAAGAAUCUGAAAACUGGCAUCAGCAGCACCCUGUUCUUCACCUGCACUGUUGAAGGCUCUCCAGAAUACACCAUCAGCUGGUACAGUAACACGGAGCCCAUCGUCCCCGACCAGCACAUCUCCAUCCAGGGUCAACACAACGACACCCUGCAGAUCACUGCAGCACAGAAGUUCCACUCCGGGGCAUACCAGUGCUUUGCCUCCCGAAAGGGCUACACUGCUCAGGACUUUUCCAUUAUUCUGCUAGAGGAUGGUACUCCUCGAAUCGUGUCUUCCUUCAGCGAGCGGGUGGUGAACCCCGGUGAGCCUUUCUCCCUCAUGUGUGCUGCCAAAGGAGCUCCGCCCCCCUCCAUCACCUGGACACUGGACGAUGAGCCCGUGGUGCGAGACUCCACCUACAAGACCAGCCAGUACACCCUGUCGGACGGCCUCACCGUGUCCCACGUCAACGUCAGCAGCCCGCUCAUUCGAGAUGGAGGAGUGUAUCGUUGCGUCGCACGCAACUCGGCCGGUAGCGCCGAGUACCAAGCGCGCAUAAACGUAAGAGGUCCACCUCGAAUUAGACCCAUGCGGGACAUCACCGCAGUGGCGGGUAGGAACACCUACAUAACGUGCCGCGUGAUUGGCUACCCGUAUUAUUCCAUCAAGUGGCUGAAGGACGGCAUGCAGCUGCCUGAUAAUCAUCGUCAAGUGCUGUUCGAGAACGGCACCCUGAGGCUGACUGACGUACAGAAGGGCGCGGAUGAGGGCACCUACUUGUGUAGCGUCCUGAUCCAGCCCCAGGUGUCAAUCAACCAGACCGUCCAUGUCACGGUCAAAGUGCCACCGCUCAUCCAGCCCUUCGAUAUCCCCUCUACCUCAGUGGGGAAGCUCAUGUACAUUGCCUGUGUGGUGUCAUCUGGGGACAUGCCCAUACGCAUCACCUGGCACAAAGACGGCCAGCUCAUCGUGCCAGGCUCGGCCUCUGGCGUGGCAAUAGAGACCAAAGAGUUCAUGAGCUCCCUGCAAAUCUCCAAGGUGACACUGAAGCACAAUGGAAACUACACCUGCAUCGCUAGCAACGCGGCCGCCACCGUCAGCUGGGAGAGGCAGUUGAUUGUGACUGUGCCACCACGCUUUGUGGUGCAGCCCAACAAUCAGGACUGUAUCUAUGGCAAAGCUGGAGUUCUCAACUGCUCUGUGGAGGGUUACCCGCCUCCAAAAGUCAUGUGGAAACACGCCAAAGGUGUAGGAAACCCACAACAGUACCACCCAGUCCCUCUCACAGGCCGUAUCCAGAUCAUGUCAAACGGCUCUCUGCUCAUCCGACAUGUGCUUGAGGACGACCGGGGUUACUACCUCUGUCAGGCCUCCAACGGGGUGGGCUCAGACAUCAGUAAAAGCAUGAUCCUCACUGUCAAGAUUCCUGCCAUGAUAACCAGCCAUCCAAACACCACCAUGGCGAGGAAGGGCCAAACCAAGGAGCUGAACUGCACAGCACGAGGCGAGCAGCCUAUCAUCAUCCGCUGGGAGAGAGGAGACACUGUCAUCGACGCAGAGAGAAACCCCCGUUACUCAAUCACCAUCAACAAGAAGGGGGACGAAGUCAUCUCCACCCUUAAGCUGAACCCGGCUGAGCGGGGUGAUUCUGUCUUCUUCUCCUGCCAUGCCAUCAACUCCUAUGGAGAGGGACGAGGACUCAUCCAGCUCACUGUGCAAGAACCACCAGACCCGCCUGAACUGGAAGUGAGGGAGGUGAAGGACAGGAGCAUGAACCUACGCUGGAUCCAGAGGUUUGAUGGAAACAGCAUCAUCACCAGCUAUGACAUAGAAUACAAGAACAAAUCAGACUCCUGGGAUCACAUGUACACAACCAGGAACAUCUCACCCACCAACAACCAGGCCAACAUCGUAGAGCUGCACCCGGCUUGUGUUUACAGCAUCCGCAUGUACUCUUACAACAAGAUCGGACGCAGCCUUCCGAGCAAAGAGCUCACUAUCAGUACUGAGGAAGCACCACCUGACGGCCCACCAAUGGAUGUAAUCCUCCAACCAAUGACAUCUCAGAGCAUCCGCGUCACAUGGAGGGCUCCUAAGAAGGAACUGCAGAACGGGGUAAUCAGAGGCUACCAGAUCGGCUACAGAGAGAACGGUCCGGGCAGCAACGGCCAGUACAGCAUAGUGGAAAUGAAAGCUACAGGCGACAGUGAAGUGUACACUUUGGACAAUCUUAAGAAGUUUGCCCAGUACGGGGUCGUGGUCCAGGCCUUCAACAGAGCUGGAACCGGUCCAUCCAGUACUGAGAUCAAUGCAACUACAUUGGAGGAUGUGCCCAGCGAGCCUCCGCAGAACGUGCGAGCCAUCUCCGUGACUUCGGACGAGGCGGUGAUCACAUGGGCAGAGCCUCCACGGCUGACGCUGCACGGUGUGCUGAAAGGCUACCGGGUUGUGUUUUGGUCCCUCUUCCCUGACGGAGGUGGGUGCUGUGGGGGCCAGGCCCAAUGGCCAUUGCAGAAGUGGGGCGAGAUGCAGAAUAUCACCACCACACGAGAGCAGGUGGAGCUGCGAGGCCUGGAGAAGUUCACCAACUACAGCGUUCAGGUGCUGGCCUACACACAGGCUGGAGAUGGGGUCCGUAGCAAUGUCUUGUACAUCCAAACCCGGGAAGACCUUCCUGGUCCACCGGCUGGCAUUAAGGCGGUUCCCUCCUCCCCGAGUAGUGUGGUGGUGUCCUGGCUGCCCCCUCAUAAACCAAACGGUGUUAUCCGCAAGUACACCAUCUACUGCUCUAGCCCAGGGUCUGGACAGCCGGUGAGUGCUUCCUCUGUGGGUGUGACUCAUAAGCAGGGCCAGGAGAAAAUAUUCCAGGCACCCAGCGAGUACGAGGCCAACCCGGAGAUGCUGUUCUACCGCAUCACGCACCUUUCCCGUGGAAAACAAUACCACAUCUGGGCUGCAGCCGUCACCACAGCCGGCCGAGGCAACUUCAGCUCAAAGGUCACUGUGGAGCCUGCUGGGAAAGUCCCAGCUAAGAUCUUAUCCUUCGGGGGCACGGUGACCACACCCUGGAUGAAGGAAGUUCGUCUUCCUUGCAGCUCAGUGGGAGAACCGGCCCCUACAAUCAAAUGGACCAAAGACAGUGAGGACUCAGCCAUCCCAGUGACUGCAGACAGCCAAAAGCAGAUCUUAGCCAAUGGCACGCUGGUGCUGCGGUCGGUCAAAGCAGAGGAUUCUGGGUACUACACCUGUACGGCAACGAACACACUAGGCUUUGACACCAUCAUAGUCAACUUGGUGGUACAAGUUCCUCCUGAUCAGCCUCGUCUGACCGUCUCCACAACUUCCACUUCCUCCAUCACCCUGGCUUGGAUCCCAGGAGACAAUGGGGGCAGCUCCAUCAGAGGAUUUGUGCUCCAGUAUUCUGUGGACAACACAGAAGAGUGGAGGGAUGUGUUUAUCAGCUCAAGCGAACGCUCCUUCAGGUUGGACAAUCUGCGCUGUGGAACCUGGUACAAGGUCAAGCUGGCUGCCAAGAACAGCGUGGGCUCUGGACGCAUCAGUGAGAUCAUUGAGGCCAAGACGCAUGGACGAGAACCAGUGUUCAAUAAGGACCAGCCACUGCUCACCCACAUCAACUCCACCCACGCAGGCCUCAACCUGCAGGGCUGGACCAGCGGCGGCUGCCCCAUCACCGACAUGAUGCUGGACUUUAGGCCUAAAGGCACCUGGGCCUGGCAGAGCCUCAAGGCCAACUCCACCACCCAGCUCUUCCUCAGUGAGCUACGUGAGGCCACCUGGUACGAGCUCAAAAUGAAGGCCUGCAACAGCGCCGGGUGUGGCAACCAGAGCUCCCAGUUUGCCACUACAGACUACGAUGGCAGUACAAUCCCUCCCAUCAAAUCAGCUCGUGGAGAAGGGGAUGAUGUGAAAAAGCUGUUCUCCAUCGGCUCCCCCGUUAUCCUGGUUACGCUGGGCGUUGCUCUGCUCUUUAUCAUCCGCAAGAAACGCAAAGAGAAGAGGCUUAAACGCCUCAGAGAUGCUAAGAGCCUUGCUGAGAUGCUUAUCAGCAAGAACAAUCGCAGUAUAGACACUCCAGUGAAGGGCCCUCCUCAAGGACCACGGCUCCACAUCGACAUCCCACGUGUUCAGCUGCUCAUCGAGGACAAAGAAGGAAUCAAACAGAUAGGAGAGGACAAAGCGGCUGUGCCCGUGACAGACACUGAGUUCAGCCAAUCAGUGAAUCCGCAGAACUUCUGCACAGGCGUGUCUCUGCACCACCAAGCUCUCAUUCAGAAUUCAGGGCCUUUGAUCGACAUGUCAGACAUCCGCCCAGGCACAAAUCCAGUGUCCAGGAAGAGUAUCAAAUCAGCACACAGCUCCAGGAAUAGAUACUCCAGCCAGUGGACGCUGAGCCGGCCGAGUCAGAGCCAGUCAACGGCCUCGGCAAGAACUCUGACUUCGGACUGGCGUACGAUGGGCUCUCAUGGCAUCACGGCCACCGAGAGUGACAGCUACAGCGCCAGUCUCUCGCAAGACACAGAUAAGGGUCGCAACAGCAUGGUGUCAACAGAGAGCGCCUCAUCCACCUAUGAGGAGCUGGCGAGAGCCUACGAGCAUGCAAAGCUGGAGGAGCACCUGCAGCACGCCAAGUUCACCAUCACAGAGUGUUUCAUCUCCGACAGCUCAUCGGACCAAAUGACCACAGGCACCAAUGACCCGGCAGACAGCAUGACCUCACUGAGCACGCCGUCCGAGCCGGGCAUCUGCCGCUUCACUGCCUCGCCACCCAAACCGCAGGACUAUGACCGCGGCAAAAAUGUGGCCGUGCCCAUUCCCCACCGCGCCAACAAAAGUGAAUUCUGUAACCUUCCCCUCUACAUGAAGACAGACCCGUUCUUCCGCAAGCAAGGGGAGCUGCAUGACCCGUGCCCAGCUGUGCCACCGCGAGAAGCCUCAAUCCGCAGCCUGACGCAGCGGGCAUAUCACACCCAGGGCCGUCACAAGACUCUAGACCCUGCCAAGCAGCAGGCCCUGACGCUGGGCCACUCUGGGCUGGGCAGCUUGGGUGCGAGCUCGGGCACCGCCACCCUGCCCCAAAGGACUCUCACCAUGCCGAGCUCCAACACCCAAGCGACAGCUUCCACUUCCAGCACGAGCAGCAACCCCACCAACAGUAACAAGGUGGGGGGCUCCAGAGACUCGCUGCUAGAGAGCAGCUCCUCUGCGCUCGGGAGACUGCAGAAACAGAGUGCGGGAGCCUACUCAAAAUCAUACACGCUGGUGUAGCGGGCUCUUUCACACAGACUUGCAUUGCUGUCCCCAUUCCUCAGCCUGCCCUGCUCUGGUACUCUUCAGCCUGGGCCAAAGGGGCAUGCAAACAUCUUUCUUUAAACCCAACUAAUGGUGAACUGCCCAGCGUUCUGUCUGAUUUCCCUCGGGACAGUUGUUUUCCCAGCUAAGAGACCCAGCUAACCCUACUUUUCAUGUUCACUUGGGACUCUUAAAAGAUUUACUAACUCCAACUAACAGUUCCAGCCGGCUGGUGCUCAGUUCCGCUCAGUUCUCGCGGGAGUUGCACAGCAAAAAAACAGAAAGUGAUUCUGUGGUCAUUUUGAAACAUUGACUUUAAUUGAGGAGCUGAAAGCUCCGUGUCUAUGACGAUGAAGACUACGAUAGCCAGUAUGAAGCUGUGUGGCCAUUCUGUCUCUCAUAUGCACACACAUACUGUCCUCCAUAGUUUGAGCAUUAUUGUCAAUUUGCAGGACUUCCAGUUAAGUUCCCCUAUUCUUACUCUAUCUUUUACCCUCUUUGUGUCUCUUAAAGUCCCAAAUACUGUACCUAUUGGCAGAAGUUUCUCUAAACGGUAUUUCCAAAAGAAAUGAUUCAGGUUCAAACGCGUCCAAGAAAGAUAAGAAAAAAAAUCUAUUUACAUUCUCCACACGUCUCUCUUUCUGUCUCUCUUUCUCUCUUUCUCUCUCUCUCUCUCUCUCUCUCUCUCUCUCUCUCUCUCUCUCUCUCUCUCUCUCUCUCUCUCUCUCUCUCUCUCUCCAGCUGAACAGUGUUUGACUAUUACAAACAAUCAUGACAACCCAAAUGAACCAGCUAUAAUUUCUCACAUUACAAAUAGAGAAUAUUUGGUAUUAUAAAGAAUUUACAUAUAUAUUUCUAUGUAGGUAUAUUAUUGACUUUUAAGUGAAAUUAUGACAAAGUAUACAGUGUAUGUACUACAAUAGUGUAGUAGUAUAUACAGGAAUUUAAUGUUAAUGUCAAAUUUAAGAAUGAGACAAUCGCUCAAUCAUGAAAUUUAAUGAAAGAUAAAUUUAAAAAAAAGGUUGGACUAAAGAAAAGAAAAGUUUAGUAUAUCUACGGGAUGUUCUGUAUGUUUCUGUAUGUAGACUGACAAAGAGAAGAGUGUUUCCUUUCCAGGCUACAUGCUGAAGUAAGAAAAGCAAGCGAGGCUGGCAGGUUUUGGUUCGGAUACCUGAAGGGGCAGGGAGGCCUCUUGGCUUGGUGUGUUCGGUGGAAACUAUCAUCCACUGUAUUCACACACAUUUUCACUUGACAUCAUGCUCAGGUUGGAAAGCUCAAAUGCAAAUAUAAUGUCCAGUUGCUGUGUCCUGUGAUCCAGCUAAUGAUGGACAACAGCUAACUUAAGUUUUCGACCACAAUGCUAGAGGAUGGAAACGUUGGCUAGCUAGCAUUUGCUGUUGUGUCUGAAGCUGUAGGUAUCAAAUUGGCGUCAAUAGCACCAAAUGGGUUCACAGAAAUACUGCUGAAAUAUUGUCCCCUGGAAUUAUGAAGCAGUGAACUGUCAAGUAUUGGUCAGAUUACCUACGGUCACAGGACUAGAAACUUAGCAAUUAAACUUUAUAUCAGCUUUUGGGUUUCCCACCUAGAACAUGUUGUCUGAGGAAAAUGGCCGCCGCAUUAAAAAGAUGAUGGCAGAAAGCUUUCAGUAAGGCAACAUAGCUUGCUCAUGAGUCUCUUUGACUGAGCCUGAGUGGUUGUUCAUUACAAUAACUUUUAAAAAACCAAAUCAGUAUCACAGAAAAUCCACUGGUAACUCUUUAUGUAGCAUAUGUGUACAGACUUGUGUUUCUGAAGGAAGGAUUUUGUAACGGAUAAAGUUAAAACAUCCAACUAACCUCUCAGCCAGCCAUCGAGCCACUCAGACGUUCACUCUUCAAAGACAUGGAUAACUAGCUGAAGGAAUCCCCAUCAUGAUGUGAAUGAAGUAAAAUAAUAUAAUGUUGAGCGGUGUUAUAUGUCAGGGAGUUCAGUUUUGAAAAUUAUAUAAUGUCACUCAAUUGAUAUCUUUGUUGUUGCCCUGUCUGAAGUACUGUAUAUGUCCCAAUUCCUUUAUCUUCAUUCCCUCCAUUUCUCACCGAUGUACAUUCACAAACCAAGAACCUGUUGGAAUGUCUUUCUGAAGCAUCUUCAUGAAAGUGUUUUGUGGUUUAUAUUUAUUUAUCCAUUUGCUUUGUUUGUUUGUUUGUUCAAAGGGGGGUGUUUCUGUUGGUCUGUUGAUUUUUAUUUAUGAUCUUCAUUCUUAAUUUGUUUGGAUUUCUGUCAAAGUUUCGGUUCCAGAGGUCAAACAGUACUAAAGUAUUUGGUCUGUGUCAGUUCAGCCAAGUGAAAUCAGGGACUCGUAGCUCUUUUGGUCACACAAACAACUGUUGUGUAUAUACCGGACUGGAGUCAGUCUGUAAACCUGGCAUUCAGACUCCCGUCCUCUCCCCGUUCAGAUAAAUUAAAGUUAAAAUUCACCACCCUAAACAUACUAGACCCAUUCUCUCUACCUUUGUCAGUGUUGUUUAUAGAUUAAGUCUUGUACAUAAACACAGUUUUGUAUGAAGAGCUAUUUUCGUCAGAAUAAAUCAGGGGACACAUCAGGGUUGAAUGCCCCAAUUUCAAAUUUGAAAUAGUAUCAAAAAUGAAAUAUUUUACUUCUGAAAUGGGCAAAAACAUUUUACUUUCCCUUUUAUGUUUUUGAUACUAAUUUGUUGAAUUUUUAUUCUUUUUUAAAAGUCUUUUGAUGUCGUCAUUUGUCCUAUUUUCUUUUUUAUUAUCAUUAUUUUGUAUUUUGUUCAUCCUCAAAAAGUCAUUGCAUGCUUGCUAAAAGGGAAAAAUUGAAGGAAAAAAUGUAUGAAAAUCAAAAACAAACAAAAAAAAAAUGUUGAGGGUAUCCCAAACAUUUGUUUGAGUUGCUUGUUAUAGCAAUUGCUUGUGUUCAAAAGUACAUUUUCUAUGAAAAGAAAGCAAAAACUAAAAAGAUCAUUCUAACACCUUGUGCAAUAAAGCUAUCUUUCAUACGUCA